AUGGCAGCUUUAAAAGCUUUUUUAAUGAAUCGUGUAGCUAUAUUAUUAUUAAUAGGUGCCUCUGCUAAAUCCGCACAAUUAGGAUUACAUAGUUGGUUAGCUAGUGCCAUGGAAGGACCAACUCCUGUUUCAGCAUUAAUUCAUGCUGCAACAAUGGUAACUGCCGGUGUUUAUCUUUUAAUGCGUUUUAGUCCUUUAUAG